GAUGCACGGGCGGGGCCAUACCGUGACGUCACAAGGGAUAGCCGACGGACGGGAGGUGGAAAGAUUCAAGAACCGGGGAAGACCAGAGACGAGUGAUAACAACUGAGAGAUGACUGCGCCAAAAAAGGCACAAAAAUAUGAAACCUUAACAAGCAGCGUCCACAUGAUGUGUCGUUCAGUGUGCCGUUUUCACGUCGACCCUACCUCGUGCAGUAACACAUGAAAAGCAUUCCCGACAAAGUGUGAGUUGGAACUAAGGGCUUAGUGCAAUGUCAUCUCCCGGAAUGGGCACCCCGAGCGACCCCUUGUUGUCCAGUCCUCCAGGGGGGAAGUUUGGGACCGCCCAGGACGGCACAUGGAGACCAACGCUGUCCAAGACGUCUAGUUUCCCAUCAUCCACAACGCGGCACCUCAGUCACAGAGCAAACAACUUCCAGAGGCACCCCAAACGAAGGAAACUGAUUGGACCGUCUCCGCCUCCACCUCCGAACACCCCGUGCCCUCUGGAACAGCUGGACUUGAGCGAGCUGCCUCCGAGACGCACGUUCAAUGAGCUUCUCUUCAAUGGAUGCGUUCUGUUUGGUAUUGAGUUCAGUUACGCUAUGGAGACGGCGUACGUCACACCUGUACUUCUACAGAUGGGGCUGCCCGAUCAGUUCUACAGUCUUGUAUGGUUUAUCAGUCCAAUUUUAGGAUUUUUGGUGCAGCCUUUCCUUGGAGCCUGGAGCGAUCGAUGUACAUCUCGUUUUGGUCGCAGGAGACCUUUUAUUUUCGCUUUGGCGAUAGGAGCUCUUAUGGGUCUCACACUGGUACUGAACGGUCGGGAUAUCGGAUCAGCUGUGGCGGACACCGCCAUUGAUCAUAAGUGGGGCAUCGUGCUGACGGUGUGUGGUGUGGUUUUGAUGGACUUCAGUGCCGACUCGGCUGAUAACCCCAGUCAUGCGUACAUGAUGGAUGUGUGUAGCCCGGAGGACCAGGACAGAGGACUGAACAUACACGCCCUUCUGGCAGGUCUCGGAGGCGGGUUCGGCUACAUCGUGGGCGGCAUUAACUGGGACCAAACCCAGUUCGGAAAGUCAAUGGGCGGUCAGCUCCGCGUCAUAUACCUGUUCACCAGCGUCACCCUCGUCGCCGCCACGGCUAUGACCCUCUCAAGUAUUCCUGAGCGACCUCUACCGCAAUUUCAGCCUCAAACGAGAAUCAAUCGAAACCUCAAGAGCCCCAACCUUCACCUGCCACCGUCUCCGCCCCCGCCUCCCGGAGCAGCUACAAACAUGGACAAUGAAGAAGAAGAUGCAGUAUACAGCAGCCGGUUCUCCAGUCGCCGCUACCAGGAUCCAUUAGGCCAUUCAAGCAGCGCCAACGCACGGCUCUAUGCCGGCCUCACCAGCCCCAUCUCCCCCCUGAGUCCUCUCACCCCCAAAUACGGCAGUUUCAUCAGCCGAGACAACUCGCUUACGGGGAUCAAUGAGUUCGCUUCCAGCUUUGGCACCUCUUAUAUAGACAGAGUAUUGAUUGAAUGCUACACUGGACAGCAGACUCCGCUGCCUUUAGAAUCGGACGUAAUGGCUCUGCCUCUGCCGCCAGGGGAAACGCCUCCACCUCAAGGCCCCCAAUCAAGCCAAUGGCUUGGCACGAAUGAACCAGUUCAGCAAAACAAACUCUCACAGGCUAAUGGAGAGUUGUUUGCAAUAGAGGAGUUGCAAGUUAAUGAGCAGAAACAAGCCAUUGAACCUGCAGAGCAGUGUAAUGAAGCCCUGCAGGGUGCCUCGGGGUCACAUCGAGGAAGUACUUCAGGGAUACUGAAACGCCCCCAGAGUCUGGCCUUAGUGGAAGACCCGCUUAUCGACCCGAGCGAUGAGCUGGAGAACGGUCGAAGACGCACUGUCACCUUCAGUCAACAGGUGGCAAAUAUAUUGCUGAAUGGGUUGAGAUAUGACAGUGAUCUCAGUGGCAUUACAGAGAGAGCAGACAAUCAGAUGUCAAUAAAGCUGCUCUGUACUGCCAUCUACAGGAUGCCUCCGUGUUUACGAAGCCUGUGCACCAACCAUUUUCUGGGUUGGUUAUCAUUCGAGGGGAUGUUGCUCUUCUACACUGACUUCAUGGGUGAAGUGGUAUUUGGUGGCGAUCCGAAGGCCCCCCACGAUUCUGAGGCGUACGAGCGCUACAAUGCAGGCGUCAGUAUGGGCUGCUGGGGCAUGUGCAUCUAUGCAUUCAGUGCUGCGUUUUAUUCAGCCAUUCUUGAGAAGCUGGAGGAGAGGUUCUCUCUGCGUUCUUUGUACUUUUUCGCCUACCUGGCGUUUGGAUUGGGCACAGGACUGGCCACGCUCUCCACCAACCUUUACGUGGUGCUGUCUCUGUGUGUGACGUACGGAGUCCUCUUCUCUUCUCUGUGCACGCUGCCUUACUCUCUGCUCUGUGAAUACUACCAGAGCCCUCAGUUCUGUGGUUCAUCCGAGAAUGGGACCCGUCGCGGCAUGGGGGUGGACAUCUCCCUGCUCAGCUGCCAGUACUUCCUGGCACAGAUCUUGGUUUCCGUGGCGAUGGGCCCGUUGACAUCGCUGGUGGGAGGGGCCCAGGGCGUGAUGUACUUUUCGAGUCUGAUGUCGUUUGUGGGCUGCCUGUAUUCCUCACUGUGUGUGGUGUACCACUUGCCGCCGCCCGAGGGUGAGCCUCCCCUGAGCGAGACCCAACCGCUACUGGUGCACAUUUAGAUUGGUUUUCUCACACUGUACACGUAGGGUCCAAAAUGAACACACGGCAAGUAAAAUUAAAUUAAACACAACUUUUUUAGGAGUUAAACAUGGCAAGGGUUCAAUAAAUAAAUAAUUAAAAUCGAGACUUUGGUAGUCUAAAUUAAAGAUCAACCACUAUCAUGCAUCUUUAAACAACUUGGACUUCAGUAGGAAAUGUCUUUAUAGGUUAAAUCACAUUUUUGGAUGACGUUAGGCCAGACUCACUCAAAUGAGACAUGAUGUGUUUUGACACAAAUAUAAGACAGCAAAACAAUGACAUUUUGUCGUUUUCCCCGACAGGCAUAUUUGAAAAGAAACCUGUCAAAGCCUUUCUCUCAUAACCACCCGUUUGCUGGUGUUUCAAAGUCAAUUUUGGACCCUGUGCACAAACAAACAGUUCAGAGAUUUCGCGCUUGCUUCAAAUUUCCCCUUCUUACUCGACACACGUAUGCAGUACUGGAGAUGUGAGAGAGGCUAAAACAGCUGCAAUCUGCGACGAUGCAUCCCAGUCUCAAUGUUAGCAUGCUGCAACAACGACUGCAUGACUGCGAGCUUGUGGCGUACCGACAGAGACGCGUGACACCUGAAUAAUUUCAUCCGGCUUGUACAUAUGUGAUAUGUUUUUUACUGUCACUUCCUCGUAACGGAGGAAUCUAAAACAGUUUUUAGCACUCAACAUGUCUUUUUGGUCAGCUACUUGUUAAAUUUCAAUGCUUUUAAUAAAAGUGAACCCCUCUCACAUAUCCAA